AUGUCACCUACACAGCAGACGGCAACGCGACGACUACAUGCUACCAGCAAGCAUCUCGCUGCGGCCGCUGCACAGGCAGACUACCCUACCACUCACGCAAAGAUCGAGCAGGUCACCGACACUACCAACUUUAUCGACAAUCAGUUUGUCGCUUCCCAAGCAACGACAUGGAUCGAUCUUCAUGACCCCGCGACCAACAACCUCGUCACCCGCGUCCCUCAGAGCACCGAUGCAGAGUUGAAGGCGGCUGUCGAGUCCGCGCAAAAGGCCUUCCCGAAAUGGCGAGCCACUUCCAUAAUGACAAGACAACAAAUCAUCUUCCGCCUGACACACCUGAUCCGUCAGAACAUGGACAGAUUAGCCGCUUCAAUCACUCUUGAGCAGGGCAAGACGUUUGCCGAUGCCAAGGGCGACGUACUCCGUGGUCUUCAGGUCUGCGAAACCGCUUGUGGAAUCACAACCCAGAUCCCAGGCGAGGUUAUUGAGGUCGCAAAGGACAUGGAAACACGCAGCUACCGCGAGCCUCUCGGCAUCGUCGCUUCGAUCUGCCCCUUCAACUUCCCUGCCAUGAUUCCUUUGUGGUCCAUUCCUCUGGCUACAGUGACCGGCAACUGCUUGAUUCUCAAGCCCUCGGAGCGCGAUCCAGGUGCAACCAUGAUCCUUGCUGAGUUGUGCAAAGAGGCAGGAUUCCCUGAUGGUGUAGUCAACAUUAUUCACGGUGCUGCCAGGACGGUUGAUUUCAUCAUCGAUGAACCUGCCAUCAAGGCCAUCUCUUUCGUCGGCUCCAACCGCGCAGGAGAGUACAUCUACACCCGGGGUUCAGCCAACGGCAAGCGUGUCCAGGCCAACUUGGGUGCAAAGAACCAUGCUGCUGUCCUGCCGGAUUGCAACAAGAACCACGCUCUCAAUGCCAUCACUGGCGCUGCUUUCGGCGCAGCGGGUCAACGAUGCAUGGCGCUGAGCACGCUUGUCAUGAUCGGUGAGACGAAGGAAUGGGUUCCUGAGAUCGCGGAACGCGCUAAGAAUCUGGUAAUGAAUGGUGGCUUUGAGGAAGGUGCCGACCUCGGCCCAGUAAUCAGUCCUGAGAGCAAGAAGAGAGUAGAGGACUUGAUUCAGAGUGCCGUCGACGAAGGAGCUACCAUCUUGCUUGAUGGUCGUGGCCAGAAGCCAGAGAAGUACCCCAAUGGAAACUGGGUCGGUCCAACAAUCAUUGCCAACGUCAAGCCCCACAUGAAGUGCUACACGGAAGAGAUCUUCGGCCCGGUGCUGGUGUGUCUGAACGUGGACACCACUGAGGAAGCGAUUGACCUGAUCAACGCAAAUCCUUACGGCAACGGAGCUGCCGUGUUCACUCGCUCGGGAGCCACUGCAGCCUUGUUCCAGAAGGAGCUCGAGGCUGGCCAGAUCGGUAUCAACGUUCCCAUCCCAGUGCCGUUGCCCAUGUUCAGCUUCACUGGCAACAAGAAGUCUGUCGCAGGUACCGGUAUGUCCAACUUCUACGGCAAGGACGGUCUGAGAUUCUACACCCAGUGGAAGACGGUGACUAGCUUGUGGCGUGCCGAGGACGCAUUGGCCACAGAAAAGCAAGUUGCCAUGCCCACUCACUCAUAA